AGGUUCAAGGAACAUGGUGUGAGUAGGGUUCAAUUUGUUGAAACUUGCUUCACCUUAUAUUUCUUCCCGUCAUCAUUUUUUAGCAUUAAUCUCUCUCAAAGUAGCUAAACCUUUUGAACACCCCGAAUCUUCAUGUUUCUGUAGAUUUAUUUUCUUUGACAAACAAUUCAUUCAUUUGAGUUUUUGUAAGAAACUUGAGGGAGUUUUCAAACAUCAGAAGGGAGGAAUGUCUAAUUUAGGGCAAAAAUCUCCUGACAGAGCAAGUUUUGUCAAUCUUCUAAGCCAGUACUUGAAAGAAAAAAGGAAUCUUGGGGAUUUCAGCCUUGGAAUGACUUCAAAACCAGAUGCUAAAGGGCUUGAAACAUCUAGGCAACAUGCAAAAAACAUGAAUUUUUUGUCCAAUAUGCCGAAUUGUUCUGAGAGUUCAAGACCAAAUCUUGUGGCAUCUACCUCAAAUGUGAAAUCUUCAGAUUUCUUUCCAGAGAUUGGCAGUUUUGGUGCCUCCAGUUCCAAGGAAGAUACCUUUAACAAGACAGAUUUCAUGAAAUCAGCAGCAGUGGAACCAAAGAAUGCUCAGCUGACCAUAUUUUUUGGUGGCCAAGUGUUUGUAUAUAAUGAUUUUCCCGCGGACAAGGUGAAGGAGAUCAUGGCCGUAGCUAACCGUGGAUGGUCAACUGCAUGUAGUGGUGUUGUUGCCGACUCUGCCAUGGAAAAACUGAAUGCUAACCUUGACAAAAUUGACUACAGCAGUCCUCAUAUCCCUGACUUGAACAUCACCUCUGCAACCGCAAAUAGUCCAGCUCAAGAUCCUUCGGUCGAGCGAUGCCAAUAUGUCGGUUCAGAUUUGAGAAUUGCAAGAAGAAACUCACUUCACAAGUUCUUUGAAAAGAGAAAAGACAGGGCGGCCAUGAGAGCACCAUACCAACUGAACAACCACCAAGGUUCCCCGCCUCCACCUAAGCCCGACGAAAACAAGCCAUCUCACGAGGAAGGUCAAUCAUCAAAAGAAACGCCAAGAGACAUUGAUCUCAACUUAUAGUUACAUCCAUCACUUGUGUUGUAACUUUAGUAUACUUUUAGUGAUACAGGCUUAAAAAGGUCUUAAAACUCUUUUGACUAUUGUUUAUUAGGCAUUUUUAUACUUCCACCAAUAUGUUGCUCUCUUUUUUUGUAACUAAUCUAUUUACAAUUGAAUUGAGAUUUGAUUUUUUUUU